GCACUGGCAGUUUGUGCAACGCCGCCAGUGCAUAGACUACAACAAAAAAAGUUUCGGACGGUCGCGGAGUGCGCAGGAAAAAUUUAAAAACGUGUUGUGCGUUCGAAAUUUUGACGUGAGUGCGUGUUGAUUUUGGUGGUUGCUGAGAAGAUAUAUUUUUUCAGACACAAUGGGUUCUCUGCCUCGGGUCUCAGUGGUGUCGGGUGCGCGGCGUGCGGUCCCGGGGGCUCCGCUGCCGUCUCACCUGGCCCGUCUUGAUUGUAGCGACUCUAACGCUCUCGUGUACUCUGAUGAGACCGGCACGGCGCGCGUAACCUACGCACAACUGGCGGCGCGCUCGAACGCGUUGGCGCGUGCGUUGGCGUCGCGUGCGCGCGGCACCGGCGCUAACCAGGAUGGCGACUUUGUAGUCGCCGUGUGCAUGCAGCCUACACACAACACAGUGAUGGCGCUCCUCGCGUGCUGGAAAGCCGGAGCCGCCUACGUGCCCAUGGAGCCCAGCUUCCCCCAGCAGCGCAUCAACCACAUAUUGCAGGACGCACAACCUGCCCUGGUUAUCUACGAUGACCGCUGCAAACCCUCAAUGUUCGCCGCCACUGGCGUGCCGUCAGUCUCGUUCGAGGAGCUGGCGAUGGAAGCAAGUGGUCUUUCUGCGGAGACCCUGAACCCGAUGGAGAUGCUGGCUGACUCCCGGGUUGAUAGCAUUGCCAUCGUGCUGUAUACUUCUGGAAGCACUGGAGUGCCUAAAGGAGUCCGUCUUCCGUACUCCGCCAUCUGCAACCGCCUGUGGUGGCAGUUCCACAUGUUCCCGUUCACGGAAACAGAAGCCACCUGCGUCUGGAAGACCGCUCUGACAUUCGUGGACUCGGUUUGUGAGAUUUGGGGUCCGCUGCUGCAUGGACGGUCUUUGCUGAUCCUGUCGAGGGAGAUGACUAGAGACCCGCAAAAGUUGGUGCGGGUUUUGGCUGAGAACCAGAUACAACGACUGGUCCUCGUCCCAACCCUCCUUCGCUCGAUCCUCAUGUACCUCUCCCUAAACCGCUCGGAACGCCCACUUCAGAACCUGAAACUCUGGGUCUGCUCCGGAGAAACCCUCAACAAGGAGCUGGCUGCCCAGUUCUUCCAGUAUUUUGGAGACCACAGCGGUUAUAAGUUGGCGAAUUUCUAUGGGAGCACUGAAGUUAUGGGAGAUGUGACGUAUUACGUGUUGGAGAAUACUGCGCAGUUGGAUAAUCAUAAUACCAUCCCGAUUGGUAAUCCCCUGGACAACUGCGAAGUAUACUUACUCGAUGAGGAGAUGCACCCAGCGCGCGAGUCCGAGGUCGGCGAGGUGUGGGUCGCUGGGGCCAACCUGGCGUGUGGAUACGUGGGUGGACAGGCGCCUGACAAAUUCUGCGAUAACCCUCAUGCAACAAGCGCAGACUACGGCCGCCUCUACCGCACCGGAGACUUCGGCAUGCUGCAGAAGGGAGUGAUUCUGUACGCUGGACGGAUCGACUCUCAGAUAAAGAUCCGCGGGCAUAGGGUGGAUCUGCAGGAGGUGGAACGUGCUGUUGCCGCUGUCAACGGUGUAGAGAAAGCCGUGGUCCUCUGCUACGGGCUAGCGACCGGCAACCCUGAGAUCCUGUCUUUCGUCACCAUCGAGCCAAAUGCCAAGCUUGGUUCACAUCACAUCGAGGCUGCUCUGAAGAAUGCCCUUACCUCCUACAUGAUACCUCAGGUUAUUAUGAUUGACACCAUUCCACUGCUUGUAAACGGCAAAGUGGACAGACAAGCACUGCUGAAGAUGUACGAGAAUACUAAUAACAACGAUGACUCAGAAAUCCCGCUCGACAUCGACUAUUCCGGCGUCGACUCCGACAGCAUGGAUAAGGCCCGAGUCCUCUUCGAGACCGUUGGAGAGGUCCUCGGUCGCGCCGCCAGGGGAGCCCUAAAUGUCAGAGCGGGCUUCUACGAACUAGGAGGGAACUCUCUAAACUCUAUCUACACAAUCACUAGGUUGAGGGAUAAGGGGUAUUAUAUCGAAAUCAGCGACUUCCUGGAGGCAGCCAACCUCGGAGAGGUGCUUUCGAAGCUGUCCACCAGCCCUGACUGCCAGGGCAACAACCAGCCGAAGUUCACAGCUGAACCGAUGUGCGAUGAACACAAAGACGAUGUCAUUGAGAUGAUAGUGACCUCGUUUUACGAGAAAGCCGAGCUGGAGCAGUUCCUCCGGCACGAGAUUGAAACGCGCGACUACGCGCACUGCAUCAGCGCGUGUUGGGCCGCGCUACUACAGGCACGACUUUCCGUUGUUCUCAGAGACGACAGCGGAACUCCAGUGGCUGUGGCCUUAAACUUCGAUGCUCGUGACGAGCCAGAAAUCGAACUUACUGGCGGACUCGCCAAAAUUAUGGCUUUCCUGGAAUUCGUCGAGGGUUCUGUCAGAGACACUAUGCUCCCCGAAGGCAAAGGCGCUAUCCUCCACUCCUUCAUGAUGGCAACGGCCGAACACCUGAACGCACGCGAGAAUGUGGCCGCGAUUCGCGCGCUCGAGCAUGCUACCAUGCGCGUGGCGCGCGAGAAACGGUUCCUCGGCGUGUUUACCACCAACACCAGCCCGCUUACACAGCAACUGGGCACCGACGUCCUUGGUUUCCAAACCCUCCUCGACUACCAGAUCAACCAAUACGUGGACGAGAACGGCGCUCGCAUCUUCGGAGAGGCCCCUGAUGACAUGAGGGCCAUCGUGUGCUGGAAAACUGUUGAAUGAGCUGAGACAAUGUAGGCUUUAUUUAUAAUGUAUAUACGAUUGAGAAUCCUUUAGCUUGUUAAGUUUAUCUGCGAAAACACAACACACGUUGCAAAUGAGCAUUGUAAGUUAACUUCAAAUAUAGAUUGUGCUGUUCUAUAAGACCGUUAACUACAUUAAUUCUUCCGAGUCUUUCUAGCCUCCUAAGGCUCACGGUCCUGUCCUAGUUCGGUUUUCAAGCGAAUCGAAAUCAACGUUUUAGGUUCCUACGUUUUAGGUUCAAACUUCAGUAGCAAAUUAUGGAUUUUACAUUUGUAUUGCUGGGCCGCAGGAGGUUAGUGGAUGGCGCGAUUUUGGACAGGAUUUGAUGUUGCCAACAGAAGCAACAGACAGAUUCAGGAAGCAUUAGUGCAAAAAUGAAGAUACGAGGAGACAUAUUAAUCAGUCCAAUGAAGAAAUCAUUUGGGUGUUCUGUUUAAGGGCCCGGCCCCACUGAUGCGUUGCUUUGCGGAAUACGUGGCGUCGCGUUGUUUCGCAUAUAGGUAUUUUUAUUUGACAUGCCCAUUAAAAUGCUUUGCGACGACGACGACUCUCUUAUAUAUAAGUUUAUUGUUACUUUGAUAAAGUUGGCACAGUUUUAUCACAUCUUCCUCGUACCAAUAAGAUGAUUUAGAAGUUUGGAACUUGUACCGGACGCUACCAGUGAAAACAAUAAGACAGAGGCUUUGAAUCUGAUAACCAGUUUAGUAUUGUACUGAUAAGGUUAGUUUUAAGACAACGAAUUUAAUUGGCUUGCCAUUGGUAUUUAUAAAAACUAUGUUCUGUCAUUCCUACGUAAAUUACACGAAUCUCUGUGAAGCUAAAUAGAAUAUAUUUUGUAAUAGAUAUGGAUCUAAUCAAUAAACGGUCAGUUUCAAAAGAAUAGUCAUAAAGUAGACGCUUUUCGCACGGAGAACAGAAAUAGUUAUUUGUUAUACAAGGGUGCAAAGUUGUAUUUUACCCGCGAGUGUUUUAACACACGAGAAGUAAAAUACAUUUGCACCCGUGUGUAACACAAAACUUUUCCCCUCACUAUAGCGAGGAAAGUGCAACAUCCACAGGCGUUAGAUCAUCUUCAUCAACUGGAAUCACUAAUUUUUUUACCAUAUUAUAACAAAAAACUGGAAAUUCUGUACUUUUACGUGAGAAGUUUUUAAGUAAAAUUUUUGUUGACAAUGUUGACAUUUCUGACGUAUGAAAUGUCAAUGAUGCGUUUUGAAAUUGCAUCGACUUAACUUGUGCGUUCAGAAUUAUAUUUAACAUAAUUAUUAAAAAACAAACGUUUAUUAUGGAGUUUUAAGGUUUAUGACUUAAAAUCAUUAAAUACAGCUAAAUCUGGUAUUUUUUAUUAAAUUCUCAAACCAUUUAUUUAAUAAUAAUUAAUAUCGAACGAACCAUUAUUAUGAGCGUUUUACGUUUUGUUAUCUGUCAAGCUACUUAAACACGCUCCAUCCAAGGUCAAAUUACUUUCCCCACUAGUGGAUAAAAUGCGUUUUUCCCCGCUUGUUUUAAAGGAUAAAAGACGGCUUUCCGAGCUAGUGAGGGGAUAAAACUGUUAUGCGUGGUGGGGUGAUAAAAUUAUAACAUAAAGAAAACUAGUUUGACCGUGGUCCGUUCGUUCGUGGUUCGUGUACAAAACGAAGGUCUAGUUUCUCAUACGGUUAUACGCCCCACGUUGGGAACCAAUUUUUUUUGGGGUCACACUCGUAAUGUAUGUAAUGGGUCACACUCGUAAUCGACCAAAUCACAAAUAUCUUUCGUACAUCGUUAAACGGCAAAUGAAAAGAAAAAAUGUAUCGGGUUGACAGAUGCUACGAAAAGUCACGUGACUAUUUACGUACAUUAGAUAAGUUUCGAUUAGCGAUUUCUGUCAACGAUUGACCUCCAGAGCUAUAAACGCGAACUACUUCGUACAUAAUUCGUUUGUCUAUUUGCCUGUAUCCCUCUUGCAUAUUCGAGACAGAGGCAAAUAGACGAAACUUCGACUUCGAUGUUCGUGAAAGGCGUUUUUCAACCAAGUUUUUGAAAUCUUACGCAGCAUACUACGUAGGCGAACAACACGCGAACGCGAAGCGAAGCGAUGCGGCGCGGGGUGAAUAAAUCCUUUUAUACCCAUAUGUAGAAGUGUCCUACAUGGGCGAUCUCGUUGCGAACGCGAACGCCGUGGGCCCGCCGCGCCGCUUCGCGUUCGCGAGUUGUUCGCUUACGUAAGACGCAGCGUUACAGCUCUUGUUAAUUAUAAUGUUGUAUUACAUAGUUUGUAAUGUUUGUUUGUACCUAUGUGUAAAAUAUUGUUAUUUAAAUCUAGCUAGAUCUCUCAUAGUUGAGCAGUGAUAAUAAAUACGCUCAGGAACAAUUAAAUUGGUGUAAUUUAUCUAUAAAUUGUACCGGUUUAUAUUGUUGUUGACUAUAGAUAUAAGCUACAGCCUAAUUUGUACCUUAUUGUUUUAAUUUAAUUUAUUUAAGUGUUUAAUUAUUAAAUUAAAA